GGGUGUGAGUGUGUGAUUGUGCGUGUGUGUGUGUGUGUGUGUGUGUGUGUGCGCAGGGUGCGUGCGCGCGCGGGGCCUGCCCAUUUUCCUCCUCGCAGCAGUCAGUUGGGAGCUGGAGGGAGGGAGAGAGGGAGACAGACGCAGCCAGCGAGAAACCGGAGAGGAGCCGAGCGCCCUCCGCCCAAGGCGCCCUCCCUCGGUCCGCACACAGGAGCCGUCGCUUGGAGGAGCAAGGUGCCUCCCAGCCCGCAAGGGCAUCGCGUACGAGCCCGCGGUCUCCUCGGUGGCGCUGCCCCGGGACCGCACCUGGAGGCCGCCCCGGACGGGGAUGGUAAGCGGCUGCCGCCGUCUGACACACCAGCGGGACGCGGUGAGGGCACCAUGGCGCUGACGCCCGGGAGGGGGCCCUCGGCGGGGCUCGUCCGACCCGAGCUCUGGCUGCUGCUGUGGGCAGCCGCGUGGCGCCUGGGUGCCACCGCGUGCCCCGCCCUCUGCACCUGCACCGGCACCACGGUGGACUGCCACGGCACGGGGCUGCAGGCCAUCCCAAAGAACAUCCCACGGAACACGGAGCGCCUGGAACUCAACGGCAACAACAUCACUCGGAUCCAUAAAAAUGACUUUGUGGGACUCAAGCAGCUGCGGGUGCUGCAGCUGAUGGAGAACCAGAUUGGAGUGGUGGAGCGGGGGGCUUUCGACGACAUGAAGGAGCUGGAGCGGCUACGACUGAACAGGAACCAGCUGCACAGUUUGCCAGAACUGCUGUUCCAGAAUAACCAGGCUCUGUCGAGGCUGGACCUGAGUGAGAACACCAUCCAGGCCAUCCCCAGGAAAGCUUUUCGUGGAGCUACAGACCUCAAAAAUUUACAGCUGGACAAGAACCAGAUUAGCUGCAUCGAGGAAGGGGCCUUCCGGGCUCUGCGGGGGCUGGAGGUGCUGACCCUGAACAACAACAACAUCACCACCAUCCCCGUGUCCAGCUUCAACCACAUGCCCAAGCUGCGGACCUUCCGCCUGCACUCCAACCACCUGUUCUGUGACUGCCACCUGGCCUGGCUCUCCCAGUGGCUGAGGCAGCGGCCAACCAUCGGGCUCUUCACCCAGUGCUCGGGCCCCGCCAGCCUGCGUGGCCUCAAUGUAGCCGAGGUCCAGAAGAGUGAGUUCAGCUGCUCAGGCCAAGGAGAAGCGGGCCGAGUGCCUUCCUGCACCCUGUCCUCCGGCUCCUGCCCGGCCAUGUGUACCUGCAGCAAUGGCAUUGUGGACUGUCGUGGCAAAGGCCUCACUGCCAUCCCCGCCAACCUGCCUGAGAGCAUGACAGAGAUCCGCCUGGAGCUCAAUGGGAUCAAGUCCAUCCCUCCCGGAGCCUUCUCUCCCUACAGAAAACUGCGGAGGAUAGACCUGAGCAACAACCAGAUUGCAGAGAUCGCUCCCGAUGCCUUCCAGGGCCUCCGCUCCCUGAACUCGCUGGUCCUGUAUGGGAACAAGAUCACAGACCUCCCCCGGGGUGUGUUUGGAGGCCUGUACACCCUACAGCUCCUGCUCUUGAACGCCAACAAGAUCAACUGUGUCCGGCCCGAUGCCUUCCAGGAUCUGCAGAACCUCUCGCUCCUCUCCCUGUAUGACAACAAGAUCCAGAGUCUCGCCAAGGGCACCUUCACCUCCCUGCGGGCCAUCCAGACCCUGCACCUGGCACAGAACCCUUUCAUCUGCGACUGUAACCUCAAGGGGCUGGCAGACUUCCUGCGCACCAACCCCAUUGAGACGAGCGGGGCCCGCUGUGCCAGCCCCCGGCGCCUCGCCAACAAGCGCAUCGGGCAGAUCAAGAGCAAGAAGUUCCGGUGCUCAGCCAAAGAGCAGUAUUUCAUUCCAGGCACGGAGGAUUACCAGCUGAACAGCGAGUGCAACAGCGACGUGGUCUGUCCCCACAAGUGCCGCUGUGAGGCCAGCCUGGUGGAGUGCUCCAGCCUGAAGCUCACCAAGAUCCCUGAGCGCAUCCCCCAGUCCACGGCCGAGCUACGAUUAAACAACAAUGAGAUUUCCAUCCUGGAAGCCACUGGGAUAUUUAAAAAACUCACUCAUCUGAAGAAGAUCAAUCUGAGCAACAACAAGGUGUCCGAAAUCGAAGAUGGGGCCUUCGAGGGUGCGGGCUCUGUGAGCGAGCUGCACCUGACCGCCAACCAGCUGGAGUCCAUCCGGAGCGGCAUGUUCCGAGGCCUGGACGGCUUGAGGACGCUGAUGCUGAGGAACAACCGCAUCAGCUGCAUCCACAACGACAGCUUCACGGGCCUGCGCAACGUCCGCCUGCUCUCGCUCUACGACAACCAGAUCGCCACCAUCUCCCCUGGGGCCUUCGACACCCUGCAGGCCCUCUCCACGCUAAACCUUCUGGCCAACCCUUUCAACUGCAACUGUCAGCUGGCCUGGCUGGGGGACUGGCUGCGGAAGAGGAAGAUUGUGACAGGGAACCCGCGGUGCCAGAACCCAGACUUCCUGCGGCAGAUCCCCCUGCAGGACGUGGCCUUCCCUGACUUCAGGUGUGAGGAAGGCCAGGAGGAGGGGGGCUGCCUGCCCCGCCCCCAGUGCCCCCAGGAAUGUGCCUGCCUGGACACGGUGGUCCGAUGCAGCAACAAGCACCUCCAGGUCCUGCCGAAAGGCAUCCCCAAGAAUGUCACGGAACUUUACUUGGAUGGGAACCAGUUCACGCUGGUUCCGGGACAGCUGUCUACCUUCAAGUAUCUGCAGCUUGUGGACUUGAGUAACAACAAGAUCAGUUCCUUGAGCAAUUCCUCCUUCACCAACAUGAGCCAGCUGACCACUCUGAUUCUCAGCUACAACGCCCUCCAGUGCAUCCCUCCGCUGGCCUUCCAGGGGCUGCGCUCCCUGCGCCUGCUGUCCCUGCAUGGCAAUGACAUCUCCACCCUCCAAGAGGGCAUCUUCACAGACGUGACCUCCCUGUCUCACCUGGCCAUUGGUGCCAACCCUCUGUACUGUGACUGCCACCUCCGCUGGCUGUCUGGCUGGGUGAAGACGGGCUAUAAGGAACCGGGCAUUGCCCGCUGUGCUGGGCCCCCGGACAUGGAGGGCAAGCUGCUCCUCACCACGCCUGCCAAGAAGUUUGAAUGCCAAGGUCCCCCCGCGCUGGCUGUCCAGGCCAAGUGUGAUCCCUGCAUGUCCAGCCCGUGCCAGAACCAGGGCACUUGCCAUGAUGAUGCCCUUGAGGCGUACAGGUGUGUCUGCUCCAGCGGCUAUAAGGGCCGUGACUGCGAGGUGUCCCUGGACAGCUGUUCCAGCAGCCCCUGUGGAAACGGCGGGACCUGCCACCCGCGGCAGGGCGAGGAUGCUGGGUUCACGUGUUCCUGUCCCACUGGCUUUGAAGGACCGACCUGUGAGGUGAAUACGGACGACUGUGUGGAGCACACAUGUGCCAAUGGGGGCACCUGUGUGGAUGGCGUGGGCAACUACACCUGCCAGUGCCCCCUGCAGUAUGCGGGAAGGGCCUGUGAGCAGCUGGUGGACUUCUGUUCUCCAGAUUUGAACCCGUGUCAGCACGGAGCCCAGUGCGUGGGUACUCCAGAUGGGCCAAGGUGUGAGUGCGCAUCAGGUUACGCAGGUAACAACUGCAGUGAGAACCAGGAUGACUGCAGGGACCACCGCUGCCAGCAUGGGGCCCGGUGUGUGGAUGGAGUCAACAGCUACUCUUGCCUCUGUGCUGAAGGCUACAGUGGGCAGUUCUGUGAGACCCCUCCCCGCCCACCUGCCCCCAGAAGCCCCUGCGAGGGGACUGAGUGCCAGAAUGGAGCCAACUGUGUGGACCAGGGCAGCGGGCCGGUGUGCCAGUGCCUUCCAGGUUUCGGCGGCCCCGAGUGUGAGAAGUUGCUCAGUGUUAACUUUGUGGAUCGGGACACCUACCUGCAGUUCACCGAUCUGCAGAACUGGCCACGGGCCAACAUCACGCUGCAGGUCUCCACGGCAGAGGACAACGGGAUCCUGCUGUACAAUGGGGACAAUGACCACAUUGCAGUGGAGCUGUACCAGGGUCAUGUGCGUGUCAGCUACGACCCAGGCAGCUACCCCAGCUCUGCCAUCUACAGUGCUGAGACGAUCAAUGACGGGCAGUUCCACACUGUUGAGCUAGUCACCUUUGACCAGAUGGUGAAUCUCUCCAUCGAUGGAGGCAGUCCCAUGACCAUGGACAACUUUGGCAAACACUACACACUAAACAGCGAGGCCCCCCUCUACGUGGGAGGGAUGCCAGUGGAUGUGAACUCGGCUGCCUUCCGCCUGUGGCAGAUCCUCAAUGGCACCAGCUUCCACGGUUGCAUCCGAAACCUGUACAUUAACAACGAACUGCAGGACUUCACCAAGACGCGGAUGAAGCCAGGCGUGGUGCCAGGCUGUGAGCCCUGCCGAAAGCUCUACUGCCUGCAUGGCAUCUGCCAGCCCAAUGCCACCCCUGGGCCCGUGUGCCAUUGUGAGGCCGGCUGGGGGGGCCUACACUGUGACCAGCCAGCCGACGGCCCCUGCCAUGGCCACAAGUGUGUCCACGGGGAAUGUAUGCCCCUCGACGCUCUCUCCUACAGCUGCCAGUGCCAGGAUGGGUACUCGGGGGCUCUGUGCAACCAGGCUGGGGCACCUGUAGACCCCUGCGGGGGCCUGCAGUGCCUGCAUGGCCACUGCCAGGCCUUGGCCACCAAAGGGGCACACUGUGUGUGUGACCCAGGCUUUUCGGGCGAGCUGUGUGAGCAAGAGUCCGAGUGCCGGGGGGACCCUGUCCGGGACUUUCACCAGGUCCAGAGGGGCUAUGCCAUCUGCCAGACCACGCGCCCGCUGUCGUGGGUGGAGUGCCGGGGCUCAUGCCCAGGUCAGGGCUGUUGCCAGGGCCUGCGGCUGAAGCGGAGGAAGUUCACCUUUGAGUGCAGCGACGGGACCUCUUUUGCCGAGGAGGUGGAGAAGCCCACCAAGUGUGGCUGUGCCCUCUGCGAGUAGCGCCAGGCUAGACGGGGAGGGGUGAGGCAGGCGAGAGGGCACGGCUGCAGUGAAGCCGGGUGGCCCGCAGUGGGGUGGGGGUGCGGGCCAUCCUGCCUGUUCCUGAGUGGCAGGGCCCUCUGGCCCCACCCCACAGCAAUCUCUUGGGGGGGGGGGGGUGACCAGGCCGGCAGCUGGGGGUGGGGUGGGGUGGGUGGGCGUGGCCCGGGCUUUAGGCCGCCCUCUCCAGAAGUGCCUUGCACAAACAGGCGCUUAAUAAAUAUUUGUUGAAUGAAUGUGUGCUUGAGGUCAGGCCAAGAAGUGCACAGAAUGAUGACCCUCCCCGCCACCCACCCUGCUUGCCUACUACCUGGGUCCGAAGAAGGGACUGGCCCCUUCCCAAAACAGCCUUUCCCUCUCGCAGGUGGCCCACACUGCCCUCAGAAGCCCCCUGUCCCCUGCAGAUAACUUUGAAGCCUCCCCUGGGGCAGCCAGCCAGGAUCUCUGCUUUUUCUGCUGCUGCAGCAGCAUCUGCCAGCAGUAGGCCAGGCUGCGCAGGGGAAGGGCCCCCUCCUGCUGGCCGGGAAGGGACUAACCCUUGCCUCCUGGGCUGAUGUAGCACUAAAGCCACUGCUCCAUGGGGAGUGAGGCUGCAGCUAGAGGAGGGUCCCUUAGGACCAGACCCCUGAAUCCUGAAGUUACGAGUUGACCAUUGUAGCUUCAAAAACGUCCACUGGGUCUGUUUGGAGUGGCAGUCCCACCAGAGAGGACAGGCGCUGGGAAGGUUCUUGGUUCCAGCAGAAUAACCACCACCUCCAGACACCACCAAAGGGGCAUUGGUCCGAGGCCUUCCUAGCCCCUAGCCAGCCACAGGAUGCUGUCAAGCCAUUGGCAGGGGCAAGGGGGUGUGGUCUAGGCUGCUUAGCCAGGGAGGCUUCCCCUCCCACGGAGACUGGGUCCAGACCCCCUCACCGUGCAGGCCAGUAGGGAGCAGUGGUACAGGCACCAGGAAACCUCUGCUGCCUGUCACUCUGGGCAAACGUCUUCCCCAUCUAUGGUCCUCUGUCUCCUAGCUGUCCCAUGGGGAGGUGGUUUGACUGAACAUACAUAUGAGCAACGUAGACCUUCCCACUGUGGCUCCGGAAGGGAGGCUAGAGGAGGUAGAAGAUGCAUGUUCAUGAAUCACAUCAAGUAUUUAUGUGCCUAACUGGGCUGGCACUGUGGGUGUUCUGCUCUCAUGGACAGAUAUGAACUAAUCGUAGAGCAUCACAGGAAUGACCGGGAUGCCUGGGAAGAGUUGAGCCGAGCGAGGGCUCCAACCACUAGACACUGGCCCAGGCUAGGGCUGCUUACCCCAGGCGUUUGCAAGGAAGGACUCUGUGUUUGAAGAGUCACUGAAUAUGGGCCAUGUGACUACAACUUCCAUGCUUCCAUGCUUCUCUUCCAUGCACAAUGAAAACACAGAUUAUCUUUGAGCUUAAAUAGCAAGCUGGCUAGAAGAUAGGUCACACUCUCCUGUCCAGAUGUCUCCCCAAGACAGUGUGCCCCCAGGGGACGCCAGUGGGCAAGAGGAGCAAGCAUGUCCCUUUCCUGGCUCCUUCCACCUGUAAACAGAAGACAGGGCUGGGGGAGCCUGCUGGGUGGGGCUGAGGUGGUAGUGCACCUGUGUCCUCAGCCACCAUGGGCGGUGGGAGGAGCUCCUGGUGCUGAGCGGUAGAGGGCUGGAGCCUCCGACAACUGAGGAAGCCUGGCACGCUCUACUACACCAGGACUCUGGCCAGCGAGUUGGAGCCCUGGAAGCCCUGUAAUGGGAAGAGGAUCCUGCCCUGCCCAACUGCAGAGGCAUUUUCAUGGCUGGAUCUGCUUCUCACCAGGGACCUGGCUCUACUUUCUUGUGGUUCUGAGCAGGGCCACGGUGCCCUUCUCCGUGGACAGCAGCCUUGAGGGCCUUCUCCUAGGGCUGCACGGCAUCCCUCUCUUACCUACAGUUUCUGGACCACGUGAGACCCUGGAGAGCAGCUCUAGCGCUAGGCAGGUACUGAUAAUAUGGAGGAAAGUUCAAGUGCAGCUGGCACUUACCCCUUCCACGGAAGAGAGGUGUUUGGGCCAACUGACCCCGAGACACUUACCUUCCCGUGGCCACCACCACUCCGCCACUGCCCUGGAGUAGAAGUGGCUUCCUGAGCUUGAGGGGCACUAACCAGCAGCAGCCUCUUCAUCUGCGGAUGGGUGAUGGCUGCCAGGAGUCCUGCUCUCCCGCUCCCGUGGGGUUGGGAGGGCAGAGUACGGGGUGUGCGUUUGCAGGGGGUACCCUGUGAGCUGGGUGCCGCCCCUACCCGGCCCUCCACAACACCCCGCAUGUCAGCCUGGCCCCGCAUGCACCCUCAGUGGAGCUGCAAGAUUGGGAUCCACCACAAGAGUAAGGGCAGCAAGGAGCCACGUGGUGUGUCCCAGGAUCAUCGUUUCCUCAACCACCAACCUGCAAGUUGCUAAGGAACUGGACCACCGCUCAUCGCGUCCGUCCACAUUUAGGCCCAGGAGAAGGCUCUGGCGAAACAAGCUCCGAUUAAUCACCUCCACACCUUGUCACCCCUCUGAUAAAGACCUUCGUUCACUUUGGUGUCACCACCGGCUGUCUCCAUUCAACAUGCACCGAAGGGACACAAGCGGGGCAAGUCCUGAGGUUGCUGCUGCUUUGGUAGCACUGCUGGCGACGGUGGCCGGGGCUCCCUGGGAAGGUGUCAGGAAUAGGCCGGACUCGUCUCCUCUUUGCCUGCUGUUAGCCUAACCACGAAAGUAUCUCUUUAUACAGAAUACUUAACAGAUUCUAAUAUAUAUUUGUAUUUCAUUUUGUUAUAGUAUUUUUAUAUGUUAAAGUCAAUAUCUCGUGUCCCGUUUUGAUUUUCAGAUGCUGUGUGGUAGUGACACUUUGUUUAGGGGUCUCUGUCUGUAGUCUUAUCUGGAUCACUCUUUUAGAGAGACUGGUUUAGAACAGGCCCGUGAGGGAGCCACACCUGCCCUUUCCCUAGAAUUAUUCUAGAACAUGUUGGAUAUUGUCUGUUGUCUUCCAUGUGAACAUGACAUUGAUUCACUCAGG